AAGUGUGAUACACAUAUAUAUAGCCCACAGCUAGAUACAAUCUCACUCAACAUAAACGCGGCCGCCGUUGAAUCCGCCACCCUUCCUCCGCCCUAAUCCGCCAUUUCCUACCCUCAUUCAUUCGCCAUUGCCGACCUCCCUUCCAAUUAAACUGUAAUUUCAUGGCGCGGUCCUCAAAGCAGAAGAAUCGCCCCCUCGCCGCCGCCACCGCCGCCGAGAUUUCCGACAAUGACCGCCGCGACGGGAAGAGAAAGCGGAAAAGUGCACCUAGAGAGUCUCCGCAACAACGCAGCUCCAUUCACAGAGGCGUUACGAGGCACCGGUGGACAGGGCGUUUUGAAGCUCAUUUAUGGGAUAAGGAUUGCUGGAAUGAGUCACAAAACAAAAAAGGAAGACAAGUAUAUUUAGGGGCCUACAAUGACGAGGAAGCAGCAGCUCGUGCUUACGACUUGGCUGCACUGAAAUAUUGGGGGCAAGACACCACUUUAAAUUUCCCACUGCCCACCUAUCAAAAAGAGCUUCAAGAAAUGGAGGGGCAGUCAAAGGAAGAAUACAUAAGUUCAUUAAGAAGAAAAAGCAGUGGUUUUUCUCGUGGCGUAUCAAAAUACCGAGGCGUAGCAAGGCAUCAUCAUAAUGGAAGAUGGGAAGCUCGUAUUGGCAGGGUGUUUGGCAACAAGUACCUCUACCUUGGCACAUAUGCCACUCAAGAAGAAGCAGCAGCUGCAUAUGACAUGGCAGCAAUAAAAUACCGUGGAAAUAAUGCAGUUACCAAUUUUGACCUCAGCCGUUACAUUAAUUGUAACAUGGAUGAUAAUAGCCCCAUAGCCCGGGAAAGCCCAACCGCGGCCGAGGCCGAGGCCGCCGCGUCUCCGCCGCUCCCCAUCGGGAGCGGCGGCGAGGCGUUAGGGCUCCUUUUGCAGUCCAGCAAGUUCAAAGAAAUGAUGGAGCCGAAUCCGCCGCGUAGUAGCUUCCCCGACGACAUACAAACAUCCUUCGAUUUUCAAGAUUCGAGCACCUAUGCCGAUGAAAACGACAUCAUAUUCAGUGACUAUGAUUUCUUGUCAAUGUUUCAAUGUGGCCUCGACGAGUGAUUUUUUUUGGUUACAUAUAUAGUUUAUUUUUCCUAAUCAUUGAUGAUGAUAUCAAUGUACAUUAUUUGGUCUAGGGUGAGAAAGAAAGAAAGAGGAGAAGAAAUGAAUAAUUAAGAAAGUGAGGUUUUUUUUAACGAUUUUCUACACUUAGGUGAUUGGAUGAAUUAGUUUAUUUGUACACUCUAUCUCAAUUAUAGAUGGAGAUUGGGAAUGUUUUAAGAUUUUAUUUGGUUAUUGGUUUGUAAACAUGGAUUCAUAUGUAGAAAUUCAUUUUUGCUUCAAUGUGAUAAUAAAAUUAAUGUUCUUUUCUUCGUCA